AUGAAAACUUGGACAUCUUUCGAGUAUGCGACGUCCGGAGAAUUCAAUGCAAACACCAUUGCGACGUUGCGUCAGAGAUCCAACGCGAAAAUUAGCGCUUCUUUCGGAGGGUGGAAUCUCGAUCUUCCCUUUCGUCCAGGUGCGCAGCCGGAGAAUCGAGCGGCAUUCGCAGCCAAGAUCUCUGGAUUCGUAGAGCAGUUUCAGCUGGAUGGCGCGGACAUCGAUUGGGAAUUUCCCGUCGACGGUGGCCAGACGUAUCAUUUAGAUGCAGACAAUCCCCACUCAAGGCGAACGAAUCCAGACGAUGCCACAAAUUUUGUUGCUCUGAUGGAAGAGCUUCGGCGCGUUCUGCCAGAGACCAAGACCUUAUCGAUUGCCGUCCCCGCUCGUCACGUUGACAUGGUGGCAUAUAAUUAUCCAGACAUCGUCUCAGGACUGGACGCGACUGUGGAUUACUGGAAACUAAUGACCUACGACUUCAUGAAUAGGAGGGACAAUGUGUCAACAUAUCAUGCGGGUCUUCCCGUUGUCGAUGACAGCUUCGACAUUUACUCGACGCAAAAACACAUCGAUCCAAAGAAGAUCGUCGUCGGAUUUCCGAUGUAUGCCAAAUGGUUCUACGCAUCAAGCACUUGUAUGACGAGCCCUCCCCUCAAUUGCAACAUGGGUAUGGAGUACGAGUUCCCCAACGGCACGGAUACCGGGUACUCUGGAACAGCGGUAUGGAAUACGGGUCUCAACACAAAUUUCUCUCCGCACACGGAACUCAACACUGCUGUCGGACAGUCUUUUGCUCGGCUUAAAGAUUACGACAAUGAUGCAGGCGCCUCGGCAUGGUUUGACGCUGAAGAGAGCCUGUUUUGGACAUGGGUCAGCUCUGCCGACAUCACCAAGACUUGUGAGGCUUAUAGGGACAAGGUGCGCGGAAUGGGCGUAUGGAGCUUGAAUCAGGAUUCUGCCACUUUCCCUCAUUUGUCUGCGAUUGCAGAUUGCCUCAAGGGCUAA